GAGAAGCCCCCCAAAGGAGGAGAAGGCUACAGCCUACAGUAAUCUGUAAAUGAUUGCUCCUAAAGUCUGGAAGCUUCGGGCUUGAGCUGUGUUUGUUCCAAAAGAAAGCCGAGGAGCACGGAGUUAAUAAAGAGAGAUUUAACUGAGAACUCUGGUUGGAAUAAAGUGGGCUACAAAAAAGGUCAAAUUUGAUCAGUUGGAGCAGAUUACAGGGGCUUUGAAGGGUGGUGUGGAGAGCUGGAACCGGUCUGGGAAGUAAUAGAGCUCAAGAUUGAUUCAGGGGGUGGAGAGAAGCCAGGACAAGCGCUUAUCAGUCCUGGACGGAGGAAGAGCCGUGCUGCUGGGCGCUGCUGCUCCAGCCUGAGCCCAGAAGCCGCCUCUGCCUGCGUCCCUGUUACCCUGUCCAGGCACCUCUGCUCUCGGAUUUGCCUUCCUUCCGCAGCUCUCAGACAAUGGUUUCCCUAAUCUCUGACUUGGACUCCCUGAGAGCCUGGAAAGUGUUAAGAGAGACUGCCACAGAAUUAUCUGGAAGUCCUCCAAGACUUUUGGAUCUUGUUUCUUCUCAACCACAUUCUUUAUUUGGAUCGAAUCACUAUUUACCAAGUAACGGCACAGCCAACAAGAUGAACGGAGCUUUGGAUCAUUCAGACCAACCAGACCCAGAUGCCAUUAAGAUGUUUGUCGGACAGAUCCCUAGAUCCUGGUCAGAAAAGGAGCUGAAAGAACUUUUUGAGCCUUAUGGAGCUGUCUACCAGAUCAACGUCCUCCGGGACCGGAGUCAGAACCCUCCCCAGAGUAAAGGUUGUUGUUUCGUAACAUUUUAUACAAGAAAAGCUGCACUUGAGGCCCAGAAUGCACUGCACAAUAUUAAAACUUUACCUGGGAUGCAUCAUCCCAUUCAGAUGAAACCUGCAGAUAGUGAAAAGUCAAACGCUGUGGAAGAUCGAAAAUUGUUCAUAGGAAUGGUUUCAAAGAAAUGUAAUGAGAAUGAUAUCAGAGUGAUGUUCUCUCCAUUUGGCCAAAUAGAAGAAUGCCGAAUUCUCCGGGGACCCGACGGGCUGAGUCGAGGCUGUGCGUUUGUCACAUUUUCUACAAGGGCAAUGGCACAGAAUGCAAUCAAAGCCAUGCAUCAGUCUCAGACCAUGGAGGGUUGCUCUUCACCUAUCGUGGUGAAGUUUGCUGACACUCAGAAGGACAAAGAGCAAAGACGCCUCCAACAGCAGCUUGCACAGCAGAUGCAACAGCUCAACACUGCCACUUGGGGGAACCUGACAGGGCUGGGCGGACUUACCCCACAGUACCUGGCGCUUCUGCAGCAGGCCACCUCCUCCAGCAACCUGGGUGCAUUCAGUGGCAUUCAGCAAAUGGCUGGCAUGAAUGCUUUACAGUUACAGAAUCUGGCAACACUGGCUGCUGCUGCAGCUGCCGCCCAAACCUCAGCCACCAGCACCAAUGCAAACCCUCUCUCUACCACAAGCAGUGCUCUGGGAGCCCUCACAAGUCCCGUGGCUGCUUCAACCCCCAAUUCUACUGCUGGUGCAGCCAUGAAUUCCUUGACCUCUCUUGGAACUCUCCAAGGAUUGGCUGGAGCCACUGUCGGAUUGAAUAAUAUUAAUGCACUAGCAGUUGCUCAAAUGCUCUCAGGUAUGGCGGCUCUGAAUGGAGGACUUGGCGCCACAGGCUUGACGAAUGGCACGGCUGGCACCAUGGACGCCCUCACCCAGGCCUACUCAGGAAUUCAGCAGUACGCGGCAGCUGCACUGCCCACUUUGUACAGCCAGAGCUUGCUGCAACAGCAGAGUGCUGCAGGCAGCCAGAAGGAAGGUCCAGAGGGGGCAAACCUCUUUAUUUACCACCUUCCACAGGAGUUUGGAGACCAGGACAUUCUGCAGAUGUUCAUGCCCUUUGGAAAUGUUAUCUCUGCUAAAGUCUUCAUUGACAAACAGACCAAUCUGAGCAAGUGCUUUGGUUUUGUUAGCUAUGACAAUCCAGUCUCUGCGCAAGCUGCAAUCCAGGCUAUGAACGGCUUUCAGAUCGGCAUGAAGCGCUUGAAGGUGCAACUGAAGCGCUCCAAAAACGACAGCAAACCUUACUGACUAACCCCAGAAGCCCCUGCUCUCAUGUUAGCUUCCUUAGGGUAAGUCCCACAAGCCAGCCUGUUCCCAACAGGGAAGGCAGAGGAGGGACCACAAUGCCAACUUUUGCCAAGAGAGACGGUUAUUUUUACAAUAAGGCCUCCAUUCCUUCCACUCAUGCCCCACCCAAUUUGCCAUAAUUAAAACUUGGGCUACCUUGUUUCUGUUGAGUAAAUUCCUUCUCUAAUUGUGCCACUGUAUUCUCCUUUGUUUUGCAAUUUGAAUAUCCUUACUCCUUUUUAAAUUUUUUGUUUUGCUUUUUAAAAGAAAAACAUAUAAACAAAUAAAUGACAUCUUGAGAUUUUAAAAGGCAAGCAAACACUAAUGUGCAAUUCUAACUCUGAAACCACUGGUGCCCCAAGAGCACUGCCUGGAGAGCUCACCCCUCCUUGCCCGCCCGCCCCUCAGAGGCCCUGCGGUUGAGUUAACCUGGUGGCCUAGCAGAGGGAGAAGCCAGGAGAAGCACUUAAACCACCACAGAACAUCCUCCCACUACAUUGGUUUGUUUUAAUAUAAGUAGGAUUUUAUUUUAGGGUUCAAAGAAACAUGACAUUUAUUGGUCAGAUUAUUACACUGGUUGUCUAUUUUGUUAUUGUUUUAUUUUUGUUUUUAGAAAGGAUUAAUGUAAAAAAAGAUUUAGAGAUCUGUUUCUUAAAGCUACAGGGUUUAAAAAUAAAAUAAAAAUGAGUGAAAAUACUUGAUGUUUCUUGAAAGAUAAAUUUAAUAAUAAAUAAAUACAUAAAUAAUACAUAAAUAAAAAAGAAAGCCACAGGCCUGUAAAUUUUAUUUGUAAAAAAAGCAUUUCUAUUUUUAUACAAAAUUUUUACUGCCUCAGAAAUAAUGGAAGUUAUUUAUUGCCUAUUGUUAACUUAUUGGGUACCUAAAGAGCAAGCAGUUCUCUGUCCAGCUAGCGCCUCCUGAAGUAGUCUCUAGAGGAAUUGUUCUAGGAACGGGCUUUGUCUCGCUGUUGAACCCUAGACCUAAAGUUCAUGCUUUAUCCUCUCGUUGUUUGUAUCUGUCUGAUUAUUUUGUUCGUAAUUUCCAUUAUCUAGUUUACAGUUCAGUUGUCUUGACUUCCCCAUAUGUCACCUUUGUUCAGACUGGACCCUCUCCUCUGUCCCUUGCUAGUCCCUCACCCCAAACACCCAGAAUCCAUCCCCUCUCACUCUCUCCAGAUGGAUUCUCUUGGGGUUUCAUUGUGCUGUGGAAAAAGAGUGUAAGAAAUGCAAAUUAUGUGACUGGCUCAUAGACUCCCUGAAGACCUCAGAUUUGCAUUAGUUUUUCUCCUGCACCCUUGAAAGUGAUUUUGUUGCUGCUGCGUAGACUCUGUGUAACUUUUUACUCUUCCUUGUUUUUUCCCUAGACAUCUUCAUGCCCGUUAGUUCACCGUUUGCCUAGCAUGUCCCUGUGGCGUCUCAAAAAAGUUCCAUCGUCCCGUCAUUGUUUCUGAUGUCUUUCUGACCUCACAUCAUAUUUGGUUCUCCUACUGACCUUUGAUCUAGUUUGACCUUUGAAAUUUGCAUGUGACCUCAUCUAGCUAUGAAUUCUGGGAAGUCAAUGUGAAAAACAUUGCUGCAUUCAUGCAAGACUGAAAUUAUUAGACAAAUUAUAGAAAAAAAACCUGUGGCAAAAAUGUUUUUUUUUCUUUUUUUCUUUUUUUUUCAUAAAACAGACUUGAAAGUAUUACACAGGGAUUGGCAUUCUUCCCGGUCACUGGUGACAAUAGCAAUAUGUGUCCAGGGACACAGAAUGUUGGUUUCUAACAGACUACUUCCAAAAACAGUUUGAGAAAAAAAAAAACUGUCUGAUUUUAAGUCUCUAGAGGUCUGUAAUAGUUUUUACAUUUUUCAGGCAGUGUAAAGUUUUUGAUAAGGCCAUUUUAGGUGGCUCACUUUCUCAUUAAGAUAUAUAUAUAGAACCACUUUUUGUAGAUUAGUAUAAGAAAAAUAUUUACCCUGUUUUGGGGCAAAUGCUACCUAUUUGUGUCACCUUUUGCUGAACUGACUCACAGUUAGACAAUCCAUGGUUUAAUGCACAUGAAAUUACCUAUAUUUUAUACUGUUUCAAUGUACAGGAGAAAGGUUACUGUAACUGUGUCAUGUUGGUGCUUCUGUGGAUUCAGUUGUGGUCUCAUCAUGAGUCUCAAGGUCUUAAUGUUAUUUGUUGAUAAGACAAGCUUAGAAUUGGUUUACUUAAAACAAAACAAAAAAAGAAUUAAAAAAAAAGUUGUUUGCUUAAAAAAAUUAUUUCAUGUGAGAGAAAAAAAAACUAUUCCAGAAUAAGUUUUGUGUUGGCUUGAGAAGCAUUGAUGUCACUUUUUUUAUUGUGGACUAUUAGAUGUGUUUGUGUUCAGCAAAAUGUGAUCUGUUUUGUUUUUUCUUUUAAAGAAAAAAGUGAAAACUAUAUAGUGCCAAAUUCCAAAGGUACUUCCUCCCUAGAGCUUCGGUGUGUUUCUUGUGAGAAGUAAUUUGAUAACAUGGGUAUUUUAUUAUGUGUUUUGUAUAAAUCCCUAAUAUUUAAAAAAAAAGGUUACAAAGUUUGUUAACUUGCUAUUCUGUGGUCUUGUUGCCUGAAAUUGUUAUUGUUUGUUAUUUCUCUAUGCUGUUUUUUGUAAGACAUUGUAUAAGUGCCCAUGUCUCACUUUUUUAACCACUCUGCACAUCAAUGCUGUGAAGGCAACCCUCACAAUGUAUUUUCUUCAUAAUAUCUGCAAACCUCUAAGGUGAGAAAGUCUUGAACUUUUAACCCUUUCUACCCAGAGCUAUCUGGAAUGUUGGUAACUUUUUAUACUGUCAUCCUUGGGUUGUUUGGGGGUGUUUCUGAUUUGGAUUUUUUUUCCUUCUAUAUAUCUUCUAAGUUCUUAUUUUUGUUUUUUAAGACCCCCCCCCACCCAAAAACUCUUGUCUUUUUCCUAUACCAUUUUUUUUAUUUUCUUUUUUAGUCCCCUUCCCUCCUAUUAUCCUAUGCUCCUUUAGUUUCAAUUUAAAAGAUUGAGUUAAACCCUGUGAAGGUAAAAACAGGUAGACUUAGUCCCAACAUAAGCCCUCAAAACACUGUUUGCUUUUUGAGAUCAGGCUUCAUGGUAUGUCCAAGUAUACAAUAUUUCCAUACACCCUGCAGUUAAAUGGCUUUUGUAUGGUCCAGUCUUUCAAGGAAUUUUGCUUUCGUUUCUUAAACACUCCUAAGUAAUGUUGAAUCAGCCAUUGUGCUAGGGAUUCUUGGACUCCAGUGGACACUUGAAUAAGCAAGGUGUCUGUGGGAAAAGCCCACAGGCCUUUCCUUGCCUCUCUGGUUUUCUAGGGUGUUUUGACUUUUGAUUGAACACAUUUAAAGGGGCUGACCAUAUAAGAGGAGCUCAACUCUGUUCUUCACCAUAGUUACUAACCAAAUACCCAGGACCAGGUCCUGCUGCCACUUUUUAAAGUGCCAUAUUCGCUGAGUCUGGCUUUGUAUGAACAGAAGUCUUGUUCAGACAGACCCUAAUGUCAUACCUACAGUCCCAGCCCACACCCAGCCUGGGGGGAAACACACCCUCCCAGCUUCUGGUCUCAGCCCCCUUUUCCUCAUCCACCCCAUGGGUUAGUGUGCUGUGAAUGAGAUAGCCCUGAGUCGGAAAGGAUUAGCCUCUCACAAUGCAAAAAAACAAGUUUCCUCCUACAGCACGUGCACUUCCCCACACCUGUUUACUACUGCCGGGGCCUUCCUUCAUCCUUGAGGGCUAUUUUGUACUUUCUGCAGCACUCAGCUCAAUAACAAAGUGGUCACACACAUUUCUCAGUCUCUACUAUAUGGUGGUGUGUAGAUACACGUGUAGAAACACAAGAGAAUACAAGUUGUAUUUCAUAGACCGUCUCAUUCAGAAUCUAUUCAUCUAUCAAUGGCAUAAAUCUCAAAAAAAAAAAAUCAGAUUUUUUUUUUUCCCCAUGGAUGCAAACUGCCCUCCUUCCUCUUAACCCACCUGCAGUCCCCCGCAGAGGCUCGGGCCAGGCAGGCACUUUCUGUUGAGUGUUUCUAAUUUUGCAGGCAACCAAGACAGUACAUUGAGGGGGAGGUUUUUGGUUUUGCAUGUUUCAUUGUAAGAAAGAUAACCUUCCUCAGAGACAAACUGUCCUUUAUCUUUCAAUGUCAAAAGGAAAAGCUGCAAGGGUGUACAGGGCCUGUUUCUGGAAGACAAAACACAGGGAAGCCGCGUUUUUAAGAAUCAAGUGUAGAACAUAGUCUUUCAAACUCACUCAGAGAACUCUAAUCAGAGCGCACCUCCAAGGUGUAACAAGUUCGUCUUUCUUUCACCGCAGGGGUUCUAGUUCUUUGGCUUGUGCUACUCUGGAAUCAUUUACUGUUUCUGUUUUUAUUAUCUUAAGUGCUAAUUAAAAAGAAAUAAAAUUUUAAAAAAAUGUAGUUUCAUUACCUUUUGAAUAAUGUCAUACAAAAAAUGUAUUUGUGUUUUUUGUGCUGUGGGAAUUGUUGUUUGUAGAUUAAUAAUACCAUUUUGUUUAGAAUUACAAAGUAGUUUUUAAAUAUUGUCUGAGAAAAGCCAAAGUUAAUGCAACCUAGUGGAAACUGUAAGACCAUUUGAGUAUUGUUUCUGUUUUAUUGAUGCAUUUGGAUUUUGUUGUUUGAUGGAAUUUGAGCCAAAAAACAAAAACGCAGGCUUUCCUAUUUCUACACCUGAUUGUACUUAUGCAUUUUGUACCAGUGGGAUUUUUUAUACUGGAGAUUAAAAAAAUGGAAAUUUUUGUGGCUUACUCUUGUGGGCCCCUGACAAUGACUGAUUUCAAGUUUGAUUUCUGGUUGAUAGAAAGAAAGUUGCUUUUCUUUUAAGAAUUAAAAACUUUGGCUUGAUUUCUUUUUUCCCUUUGCUUAUAUCUAGCAUUAGAAUUUUGUCUUAAAAUACAGCGGUAAGUUUCACUUUUUAUUCUGUAUUGUGCAGUUACACAAUAAGAUAAUUAGACUUAGAAGUACUCAGUCACUUUAAGUGGAUAAAUGUAUUAGUUAAACUUUAGGAGUUUGCUUUUUUGCUGUUUAGAUCGAGGUUUUUUCUGACCCUUCUGUCCUCAUUGUGAACAUAACCGUGUAGUUGAAACAGUCAGACUUAUUUUUGUAAUGUAUGUUACUGUGUGAUGCGGUUUUUUGCUUCUGUCUCCAAUAUUAAACCAUUUUCCUAAUAAUUGUUUCUCUCUCUGCGUGUUGUAUUGUUGGUGGUCAUUCUGUGUUGGUGACGCAUCUACACACCUCACCGUUGCACGUAUGUUUUUUUCUAUAUGUUGUGUAAAAAGAUACAGUCGAUUCCACCUAAGUGAAUAUCUGAUUUGGGAGACAAGGAAACUGCGCAUCCCAGCCCUGGUUCAUGCAUAGCCCACCUAACCGCUGCUUCCAAGAUGAUUCACCUUUUCCCAGUGAUUCAUCCAGUCUGCCUACAGGGCAUGUGUUCCUUUCCCUUUGCUCCCCUCUCCCUCAUACCCACAGUUCCUCACUAAUCUUAAGAGAAGCAGAAGCAGUAGACCCAGGGUUUCUUCUGUCUAUCCUCAAGUCCAAAGUCAUAUCACUACAGUCAAACUUAGAAAGGGAUCAUCCUUACAAGAGAUGAGCCCUCAGGGAAGGACAGAAUAAAACUAACUCAUCAACAGGGGGUAUAAAAAGAGUUAAAAUUAGCUGUCUGCACAUCAGUUGAUAUAUGUGUAGAAAUGCAUUUCUACAUGCUAAUCAUUUUAAUCCAGGAGUAGCUUCAAUUAUUACAACUGACAGACGUGGGAAGACUGCCAGGUUCUCCAGUGAAAGCUGAAAUGAAUAAGGGAGGUGGGGUGGGGGACUUCUAGAGGGGUAGCUCAUGAUGCCAUAGGUCCACGUUCCCUCCUGGGUGGACACAGGAUAGGAACGAGCUGGGCUCCCACUGUCCCCCAGCCCCUGAUCAGAGAACAAACCCAACUCUCCCUGUAGUGAGAGCCACAAGCCUACCUUGCUCAGGAUCUGCCUCCCCUCAAGGUGUUCCUCACAAAUACCAUGGCUGUCUACUCUCCUCCCUCCUCUUCUCACUCCUCCUAACCUUCCUGUGCACACCUCAGGUCACCAUGAGCCUGGUACAGCUCUGGCUGCCCACCCUCUGGUUUCAGAAGGCCCCUCAGGCCCCUGUUCUUCAGUCAGAUCAGCAACCUCAGGCCUACUGAGGUUCAGCUCUUUCCUUAGACUGAACACCUACACUGAUGGGAGCUGAUUUCUAGCCAUGCUUCUGCUGUCCGUCUCACUGCCGAGUCAGUCUGCCUCUGAAGGGUCACUGCUUCCGUUAACGAGGAAAGAUGGCUGGCGGUGUGAUUGCUUUUCCUGUCUUUUCUGGAAGAAGGGGUGGCAUAAGGGAGGGAAAACUGGGGAAAGAGGAUGAUCACAUUCUCCCCAGGAUGUGUUUCUUCUGGAAGCACAAAUAUGACCACCGUUCAGCCCAAGGUAUAACGUUCCCGCACAGAAGACACAGAGGCUUGUUCCUGUAAGCACGUGUGACCGUCAGGUUGGCUGCUACUUAAAUUCGCACUCGGUGUUGAUUCUGGGAAAGCCCACUAUGGUGUGAGCAGGUCUGUCUAUGGCCCGCACACAGACCGCUUUGAGAAACCACAGAACCAUAUACAUUUCCUGGCCGAUGGACGCCACGUGCCUGCCAGGCCACAGCAAUGGGGUGUGAGCCGCAGGCUCAUAGCUAGCAAGCUAGGCAAUGCAGUGAACAUACGCGGUCCAUGAAUCGUUCCUGAUAAGUGAAUAAAACAUUGUGGCCAGACAAUCAGCUUAUUCACUUAUCAGGAAUCGACUGUUCUACUAAUUCACUGUUUCUGUUUUUCAUUUCUGUUGUAGUUCACUAUUUUUGCUAUGUUCUGUUUUUUUUUUUUUCCUCUCAUGCUUGGG